AUGAGCUUUUAUCCACGUGCAGGAGCUGGCGGCCCUCGAGCGCUGGGAUCGCGCCCCGGCGACCUGAGUGGAGGCCUUGCGGGGAACCGUCCUGCAUCGCUGCAGCCAGCUCGCUCGACUUCGGGUCAGACAAACUCGAACGAGGCUGUGAGGCUUCUCCAGCUGAGUCCCACUGAACGAGAGGCAUACCUUGUCUGGUACCGGGAGGUGCGCGACCCCGCAACCGGUUAUGUGCCUGGUGACGCAGCAGCUUCGCUUCUGCGCCGCUCUAACCUAUACAAAGAUCUGCUACGACAAAUUUGGGUUUUGGCGGAUACCCGUCGACGUGGGUAUCUGGAUCAGGACGAGUUUUUUGUUGCCUUGCGACUUGUUGCCAUAUGCCAACGCGGUGGCGAGCCUUCCCUGGAUAGCUUGCGGCGCUUUCGCGGGAUGCAGCUCAUCCCACAAAUCGAUCCGGCUUCUGCUUCGCGCCCCAGUGCUCAAACAACGCCUGGGGCUGCAUCCGCUGCGCAACCGCGCGCUUCUUCUAGCACCAGCGCUAACCCGGGUGAAACGCUCUCCUGGACGCCAACCUAUGAGCAAAUCGCAGAAUACGAUGCGCUCAUGCGACAGUAUUGUGGAGGCGGUACCCAGCCGGGUCGGCAUCAGUCAGCAGCAAGGCUGGUACGCCUUGCGGACUUGCGCAUGACCGGCUCUAUCGCGCGGGAGGUCUUUCCGAAACUCUGUCAGCAUCGCUUAAGCAGUGCCAUUCUUCGAGAUAUCUGGGAGCUCGCCGACCAGGAUCGAGAUGGGCAGCUGGAUUUGCAGGAGUUUCGCUGCGCUGCGCACCUUUUGACUGUUCUGGGUCGUCAGCCUGCGGACAAGGCGGUUGUGCCGCGCCCACUUCCCCCUGCGCUACGGAAGCAAAGUCUCCGUCUGCGUUUUGGAGAUGGAGCGAAUACAGCGGGCGAGUUUACGGAGGCAGCGCCCUCGGUGCCCAGUGACGCGCUAUCGGUUAUCUCGUCGCCGAAUGCGGAAGUGCCGGCUUCGCGGAAUACGGACCUGGCAGGUGCGUUUUCAGCAGCCAGCAAGUCCGUAGAGGAUGCACAGCGUCGCCUGAAAGAACUUCGGGAUCAUCUGGAUCUGCUGGAAGUGCGAGGUCGUGCACUGGCGGAAAAGAAGCGCGUCACGCUGGCAAACAGCAGUACCAGCACGCUCGAGCGCAUCUAUGCGGAAGAGCAGGCCUUCGUACGAGACGCCCGCGGCGUCGUUGAGGCAUGUUUGUUGGAUCUGGGCGGAACUCCCGGCCAGUCGCAGAGCGAAUCAGUUGCAACGGCGUCAAGACCGGGACCCGAAUUAGAAUCAGAACGCACGAUGACCGCCUGGGGUCCGUCAUUUUCGUUGAACCUGCAACAGCUGCUUAUUAAAGCGAAGAACGAGACAGCCCGGGAACGAGCGAAGGUGAAGGUUCUCGAAGAGGAACUCCAGAUCGCCCGACGUCAGAUUCAAGAUAUGGUUGCGACCGGGGCUACCGCCCCGGACAAGUUCGGCACGGGUCGCACUGAGGGCCAUCGUCGAACCCGAAACGUGCACGGGGCGAAGCUCGAGCCCCAUGAACCCGGCAAAAGCGCUACACAACGACGAGCGCCAGGUGGACAGAAGAACGUGAGUGGCUCUCUGCUGGACGACUGGUCCCAAGACGACGCUGAUGUGAACGCUGAUGACGACGAAGCCCGCAACCAGAGAGCUCGAAGCAAACGGAUCGAGCGCGCAGCGUACCGAUUUUCCGCUGAGGAGCAGGUCCCCGAGGACAAGCCAAUUGUACGAGAUGAUCUGGUGGAUGUGCCACCCGAAUGGAGUGCCGCUGCGGAGCAUGCGCUUUCCGCGAACGAGUCCCGGCAACAGAGCAAGCUGGCCUCCACAGGUACUGCUCGUGGAGCAGCGGAUUCCCGGGCGAGAGGCGACUCGCCGUACCGGCCUCCGCGGUAUCAAGGCAUGACGCGAGAUGCAGCUACCGCUUUUGGCGCUUAUAUUCAGGACGUUGACGGGGCCAGAAGCAGACGUUUCGCGGACGACGAACCACGAGAUGAGCGUCCUUCGGAGCGGCGGAGAGCGUCUCGCCAAGCGGCACAGUGGCGCCAGACUAGCGUCGCCGAACCCAGCGAGGAUGAGAACUGGCGCAGCGGCAGCGAUUACAUAGAGGUAUCCGAGAGUGUCCACGAGACGACACAGGGUGGCUCACAGCGAGCCGCCCAGAACCGCUCGGGAGCGAUGACCGUCGGCAGCACCGCCGAGGAUGACGACGACGAGUGGUCGCGGUCAGCGUCGACUGCUAUUUUCAGCUACUGGUAG